AUUAUGUAAUGGCUCUGUUGUCUGAUUUUCAUUGGCUAACAAAGUUUAUAAAGCAAUCCUACCAAUUUUCUAAUUAGUGGCACUUCUGGAUGUAACUCUGCCAGCAUUCCAGAUUGUUGGCCACCCAGCUGCUUAAUUUGAUCAAAUAAAGUGCUGCUUGCUGAAGAAGUCUCCGCUUGGAUUAUCUGAUUAGAUUGAUAUGGUAUCUCAAGUUCAAGGGACUGGGACCUUACACUAACACAUCAAAUUUGUUUGAAAUAAAAGCAGCAUUUAUUUUACUUACAGAUCCUUUUCAUGCAAAGUGUUCUUCUAUCUUUUGUUAUUUAGCUGCUUUUGGUAAAGGGAGAAAGUCCAGGCUGCUGACAUUUUGAUUUAAAAAAUCAAGAAGUUGGGAGGAGAGGAAAAAAACCCGACAUAUCUACAUCGGGUUUGCAUGAGCUAAUAGCAUGAGCUAAUCUGUUGUAGGAAAAAACAACGAAACAUUGUCUUGUUCCCCCCCCCCCCCAAAGAUUAUGGCACAGACUUUAAAAGACUUCCCUGCCAAAGGCAGAUCGCUCCCCAAAGAUGUAGGCGCCUGUAAGAGCUCGCAAUGAAUCCUAUCUCUCACCGCACAAUCUCCACACUGCGUCAGGCCCACUACAGUUGCCUUCAUUAUGACCCCACUAACCAGGCGAGGGGAGCAUUUCACACAACCCGAGCAGGGCUAUAUCGGCCCGAGAGAGUUUACCCUUUGCCAUUGCUCUUUUCUCCCGAGAGAGCCCAACUGGAUGCGCCCCAUCAGGACUAGGAAGAGAGCGAGCGGCCAGAAAGAGGCGCGGGGGAAAAGCGACGCCAGGGGAAGGAAGCAGGCGGACACCUCGCCCUUGAGAAACCCGAGGGUCCUGGCAGGCUGCGGCGGCGACUGAGCUAUUUCCAUGGCGAGUAGCGGCCCGCAACACACUCUGAAGGCCGAGGCGCAAGGCGCUAAGCCCAAAUUUCGCUCCGCCGCGUCCUACCCCAGCAUGUACCCAGCGAGUGGGCGGUCUGCGCCCUCUUCUCCUCCUAAGAAAGAAACGCAGCGAAGUUUCACAAACUUCCCAGGGCUGGGUGAAAAAAGCAGGGUUGACAAACCUGCCUAUCUGAAGGGAAAAAAAGAAGCUGUUCCUGGUAUUUAUGGGACAAUGCUGCCAAUCAGCACCUUAUCUCACCAGGAAUCAUAUGUCUGUGGUCUGGAAACUGACUGUUCUGCUGAAAAGAAAUUUCAUUCACCAGAAGGCAUUCUUACAAGCACAUUUUACAAGGACCACUAUAAAGCUGCAGUUGAACAGUUGACAACUCUUAGCAUGUCAAAAAAUUCCAGGACAGCACAGCUGAAUUCCAAUAGCAACAAACAAAGGCAACUCCAUUCCUGGAACCAUAUUCCUAAUCAAGACAAUAAUUCAGUGAGCAGAGACUUCAAUAAACCUGAUGCAGAACUGUCAUCUGGCUCCAGUGAUGGUCUUAUACAUUUAGCCACUACUAAUCCGGAGGUACAUUCUUUUACAAAGAGAUAUCACCCUGUUUCUUAUUCAGAAACUAAGAAGACCACAUUAGGAAAAAACUGCAGAAAAGAUGAUGGAGACUCUCUCAAAAAGACCAAUGAAGUUAUCACUUCAGAUUCUUACCUUGCUACGGAUAGUAGUAGUGAUGACAUACAUUCAGCAAGUAAAUGGAAAUUGAAAAAAAGAAGUGUUCACACAGAGAAGAAGCUUUUGGUAGAAGAACAGGAAGUGACCGAGAGUGAGAAAAGAAAUAUAGCUUUGCUGAAAUAUUUCAAAACUCUAAAUCUUAACAUAAAGACAGACCCUUUCAUGGACCAGGAAGAUGCUCCCUCUUUACUUGAAAACGACAAGUUUCCAUACCCUGAUUUUCUUCCUUCACCCUAUAAUAAUUUGGAUUUUAAAAAAUUGUCCUUAUCCAAAUCAGAUAGUUGGAAAUCAUCUAUAAAUCCACCACUUAAUAACUCACUUGAUAAAAUUGUCUCGCGUCUUGUAGAAAUGGAAAGGUUACAGCACUUAACUAUCUUAAGAGAAAAGAAAAAAGAGGCUGUUUCUGCAGCUGCGACUGCUAGCAAUCGUUCAAUUUCUACAAAAGAGUUACACCAAUCAAAACAGCCAAGGCCACUUGAUUGCUUAUGUUGCCUGUUUAGGCCAGAAAGAGACAUAAAAUGCACUUGUCAACACUCUCACAGUCACAAAAAUUCUGCAACCUCUAUGCGUUCAUCCUCAAAGCCGUCGUAAGCAUCAUGUAAUAACUUAAAUGCAUCAACAUUCUAAGGGGAAAAAACAUGUUUUAAGGGAUGAUGGUAGGUGAAUAGGAAUGAGGUGUCUAGAUUCUUGAACAGAAACAUUUUUGUAGCAAUAGAUUUAGUUGCUUGUUUCUUCCAUAAGAUUAUGUUCUUUGAUGAGCUACAUGGGCAUCGUUUCCACAGAUGAAAUGAUAGACAUUAUUGUUAAAGAGACGGUCCAAAUGAGUAGCAAAAACAGGUGGCAUGGACAUUACUGUGUUGGACUACUCUAUGAAUCUAGAAUCACAGCCCAUCUGAAAGGUAUAUAUUGCAGCUUAGUGAUCGCCUCAUUCUGUUUUAAAGAGGAAAUAAAACAUUAAGUUGAAGAAUAAAAAUUGCUGUAUUUGA